CGCCUGUGCACUUUGUUGUGUUGUGAGACAGAAUAUUCGAGAAUGCAAGGUAUGGCCAUCGCGCUGCAGGAUAUCCUUUUCCGCCUGUGCUCUUCGUUACCAAACGUCACACCAGCCAGACAGACAGGGCAAUGCCAUUUGUUUGGCCUCACCCAGUUGGUGAAGGUGCAGGCCAGUAAAGAGCCCCACUGCCCUAAAGGGCAUGAGAGGCGAGGAUGCGAGAGCGAAGAAGGCCGCUGCUGUCGUCAAGUUCGUGCAGCGGUCGCAGAAGCGGUGUGGUAACACGCACCAUGAAGAUCACUGGAGCAGAGACAAACAGGCGGACCACAAGUACUACACGAGAUGUCUAUGAAGAGAUAAUUGCUGUUGGCGCUUUGCUCAGAGUUACAACCUCUGGCCACUCAGUGAAUGGCCAGAGGUUGAAUUCACUAAGUGCUUUGUCCAGGAUGAAUUCACUGGAUGGCCAGAGGGGAAUGAUUAAUCAUUGAUCGUAUCAGCACACAGAUAACAGCGUCUAGUGAAGGGCCGUCUGGCGUUGGAGUUCCUCCGGAAUUUUCUUCGCUGUGAACUCCGGACAAGUGGGGUCUCCGCCGGUGCCAAACGAAAACGACGAACAUUCGUGGAAGAUACUCUCUUCCCUGUAUCUCCGUUUGUACGCCCUGCCCCGUAUUUCGACUUUUCCCUUCUUGUUGCCAACGACGCCAAUCCAAAAAAACCUUUCGUGGGGACAUACAGACAGAGGCAAUGACAAUGACUAGACACAGUACAUUAUCGCGUGUUUGUGUUCGGAAAAUCCUACCGUCGACCCUUGCCAUAUUUCUCUUGGUUGAAUCUGAAGCUGUUGUAGUCUUCGCUGAGAGGUAGAUGGAGGAUGACGGCAGCGGCUGAGGCUACAAUAGCUAUUUCCUUACCAGCAGCUGGCGAUGGCUACCGAGGGUAAACCACCCGGUCCCACGCCCGCCUCGAGCUUAGAGUAAUACACUGAAAAACCAUCACCGGGUGGUUUCUCGAAUAUGUCGGUCGCCGGACACGUUCCUGGCAAGAAAGGAAGAAAGAAAGACCGAAAGAAAGACAGUGAGUGAGUGAACAGGAAUGUUGAGAUUUCUCUUGCCUGUGCAACACUCCCGGUUGUUGUACCCUGCACCAGAAAAUGCACGCAAGUCAGUUUUGCCCUUGCCACCCUUGUCAGUCGGAGCUAAGCCAUACCAAUGAUUACGUGGUCGGCAAACUAGACAGGAAUGACAAAGAACAAAAGAUAGUGACACAUCAGCGCACUUGUUCAAUGCCUCUCACGUCCUUUGCAUUGUAACUAUCGGUCCGGUCGACGAAUAUCUCGAGCUCAAAAUCGAUCACAUGUUCCCCGUUUGGGCGUAGCGCAUCCUUGUAGAUCUCUCGCAAAUCUUCACGGUCAUCGACAUCGACAGAUUCGUCACGGUCUUCGUCACGGUCAUCGCUUAAGAUUCCAGCAUACGUUUGGCGAAGCUCACCCCCUGCCCCUGCUGUUUUUGUGAGGAAAGGAAAUCGCACAACAACUACAUCUAGUUUUGCAUUAUCCGUCCCAAACGUCUUGCUAGGCUCAUCUUCUGGGUCGAUGAUAUUAAAAAUAUCUGCAAUAACAAAGAACGCAGUGAAAGUGUGCCGUAUAGACACGCCUCACCCGUGACACGCCUCACCCGUGCCACAUAUGGAGUCGCCUGGCACCCCAGGCCAGUCGUCCGUUCUCUUGUUGAUGAAUUCGGGCAACCGCUUUUCCUGGUCUCCACCAAAAUAGAUGGUGUGCCUGUCGCCGGUGUCGUCGAUAGCCUGAGGGGGGAUCUCGGGUGGACCAGGUGAAGGUACAGUCCCUACGACGAGAGGUGAUAGCACGUCAAAGAACCCACCAUUGACCUUCCUGACCCUGCAAACGAAAACAUGCGCACGCAUUUGUACAAAUGUAUGAUGAUAAAGACACAUACCUUUCCGGGCAUGUGAGGGCGACGUUGGGAGGAUCGGUCAGGCCCUCGACGUAUUCCUGCCCUAGAAACGGUGGGCACACUGCAACAGCCGAAAAGUCGACAGGAAAAUGUUGCCAUUUUCGUGUUUGACCCACCAUCUGUUGUGCUGAAGCCGAGGCCGCUCUGAUGCGCCGAGAUAUCCAGGCCACCUGAACUCACCGACAGGAAGGAGUCAUCCGAGCCACUGGAACGCGAGGGACGUCGGAGGACGGCGUGGGGCGCCGCGCGCGACGUGAAGCCUAUCAGGAGGCCUACGAGGACCACCAGAAUGGCCAU